CCUGCAUGUCGCGCAUGCAAAUCUCUAGACCUGUCAUGCAACGCAGAUCUCUGAGUCAGAAUGCAGCGAUGGGCAACGUCCCUCAUCCGUUCCCCUCAAUCACGUCACAAAAAGGCAUGCAUGUGCUCGCCGGAAAAAGACACCAAAUGGUCAGUCAGUGAUGCAGUCAGUCAGUCAGUUGCCUGACCGCAGGAAUGAGCCCCUGAUCAUGUCGACUCCCUUCCGAAUGAAGCUCCGUUCGUCCUCGUUCGACCGCCGCUGCUUCUUGCUGGCCUCCUGCGCCUUCUUCUCCUCCUUCUCUUGCUUGUACUUCCCCAGACGAGCAGAAAACAGCGCCUCGUUGUACAUGGCAACUUCACACACAGUCGUACAAAGAGAGGUUUGUGACGCGCGAAUGGAUGUCGGUGGCUGAGUGUGAUGUGCUGCCUACUAGGGCCAAGAUGCCUCGAGUGCGCUGGGAGAGAAGGAAUCCGAGAGCAUACAUGAGCAUGGACAAUCAAUGGAUGGAUGGAUUGGAUGAUUGGAUGUGCGUGUGCGUAUGGGUGCACAUACCGAGGAGCAUCGAGCUGGGUUUGAGGAAGCUGAGGCAGGGCUGGUAGGUCCCUGGGGGCUUCUGGCCAGCAUCCGUGUGCCCAAGAAUCGUCCCAUGCUUCUCCUCGACAUACCCUCGAGAAACUGACACCAAACGAACAAGGCAGCCAGCCAAAGAUGAGUGCACGAAUGGACCAACAUGCACCGAUGCCAUCUCACCUGUCCUCUCCUUGCCCUGCCUCUUCUGGGCAGCUUCCUUCUUCUCAGCGGCGAUCUUGUGCUGAAAGGACUCGUAGCACUCGCCCACCACACCGAUGAUCCUGUGCUUGAUGGCGUCGUCGAUGGGCUUCUUCGACGUGCAGAUGAGCCACUGGUCGUGGUCCCCCUCCCCCCGGAUGGCGAAUGCGACGCUUCCCUUGAAGGCCCGUUUGAGGCUCUUGGCGAUGCCCAGCUGGAAGUCCUUCCGGCGCUCUGACGGCACGCCAUCGGCAGGCGGCAAAUAGAGGCUCUCCUGAUAGUUGCCGACGGGUGCGGGGAACUCCACUGGGCGUGUCAGCCUGCUGGCCAGUUCAGCUGCCUGCGCACGGAUCUUGUGGUUAUGGAAUUCUUCGGCAAGCAUCCUCAGGGGGUCGAUGAUGUUACUCUCCAUCUGCAGCUCCGGCAGGAUGAACUCUGCAAGGGCCUCCAGGAUCGCCACAGCCGCAGUGACCGCGUGAUCGCCGCCCCUGAGCCACGCCGGGAUGUGCAUCACUAUCACGGGCAGCUGUCCGCGGAUCUCCUGCACCGUUUGAUGGAGCACGGCAGGGUCUCCGCAUCGCUUGCUUUCGACGAGAGUGGCGACUCUCUCCUUGACCCACGCUAUCCUCUCUUGCUCGGCCUGUUGGUCCGCAUAGGAGGUCGAGGAUGCACCCGGCAUGGUCCCGCUGAUGAGUCGCCUCACCGAUCUUGACGUCAGCUCAUCUUCGGGGAUUUUUACUGGAUUACCUCACGUGCUCCUGCUCCAUGGCACGUGGCGAGAGGAGCGAGAGGACUUGAUCACACUG